CUUAGCUUCCUUCCUGAAGUUUGAUCAAAAUUGAACAAGCAAUACGAUUUUUUUUUUGUAUAGAUUUCCUACACCUUUUUCCAAGUUCUUUGGAUUAUUCAAUCAGUGGACCAUUUUGAUCAACUUCAAAACGGAAGGAAUUAAGUGACACCGUAAUUUUGGAAUUCUGUAAAUUGGUUGUAAUUUUGUCUGGGCCUGAGCUAAAUCAAAAUAUUUGUUGCUGUUGCGAAAGCUGUGAAAAUGAUCAAGUCAUAUUUGGUGUGUCGAUUCGUAGCAUUAGCAUGGAGUGUGAUGCUUGUUGAUGCCCAGAUGAGUCUGUCGUCGGUACCGUGCCGAAACCACGGAAAAAUACGUGAUGGACGAAUUGUUGGUGGUGCAAAUGCGGUACGUGGAUCAAUUCCGUACAUUGCCAGUUUGACGCGUCGCGGUGGACAUUUUUGCGGUGCCACCAUUAUCAAUGAACAAUGGCUUGUGACAGCGGCACACUGUGUUUGCACUGGCUUUGACGAAAUAAUGCCGCCGUCACGUAUACGGGCUGUUUUAGGAUUACACGCAAUAUCGGAAUUUAAAAACAAACACUCUGUCAACGAUAACACGAUUGACGGCCCCUCUGAAUCGGCUUAUGAAAUCGAAUUCCGCAACAUUGUUGUCCAUCCAAAAUAUGAAUGCAAGCGACCGGAUAAUGAUAUCGCCUUGCUCGAAAUAAGCCGACCGAUAACAUUCAGCCAAUCCGUACAGCCCAUUUGCAUCUCGGCAGAUCAAAAUGGAGAGAACAAAACGUAUCACAAUGAAGUCGCACUGAUUUCGGGUUGGGGCAAUUUGGCUGAGGAGUUUGAUGCUGGCACAAGACCCGAUAUCUUGCAGAACGCCCAAGUGAAAGUGUGGAGCAACAGUGAGUGCCAGGCAUCAUUCGAUAAUGAGAAAAAGACGCAGAAAAUUCAAUCAACACAAAUGUGUGCUGGCAAAAAGACGGGUGGUGUCGAUGCAUGCUGGGCCGACUCAGGCGGACCGAUGAUAUCGAACAAUGAUGGUUUGAUCGGCAUUGUAUCAACGGGAAUCGGAUGUGCACGUGCUGGAUUACCCGGAAUUUAUACACGAGUCAGUGAAUAUACACAGUGGAUAAAAGAGAUUGUAUUAGCAAAAUAAAAAAGUGAGCCACAAUUACAGGAUCGAUGAAAAUAUGCAUUUUUAGCUGUUUUUCAAGGUUUUCAAUCUAUAUUCAACAAAUUGGGACUAUUCAAAUCUGAAAAAUGUCUUCAAGAAAAUUGUCUGUGAUAGAAAGUGUUUUGUUCAGUUUUCUGAAAAUCAUCGAUACGUUUUGCAAUGAUUUAAAAUUGAUUUUUCAACUUGUUCGACGAAGGUUUCAAUUUUUUUAUAGAAAUUUGAGAAUUUCAAACGUAAUCGUUCUAGGGGCGAGACACAAAUUCUAUUAGAGUCUAGUUACACUCAAUUUUAUAUAUUUUUUGCUUCAUGUCCUCUAAUUUUUCUAGUUUUGGUGCAAAAGUGCUAAUAUUGUGCUAUUAUUUCUAGUAAAAUCGCUUGCAGAGCGUAUUACACUGUCAAUACAAUGCUUAUGGAAGACCUAACGGGACUACUUUGUAAACAAUAAACAAUAUGUCCAUAAGCGUUAACAUUGGCAAACCAAACUCACUAAUUUCUUCUAUUUUUCCUAUUAUCGUUGAAUAAUGUUCUAAUUUUACUCAUUUAAGUUUCGUGUCCCUCCUUUAGUAAUC